AGUGUGCGGAGGACUCACACACACACACACUCGAGUCUCUCUCUCUCUCUCUCUCCAUCAUUUAUGAUCGCUGGUUCUCUCUGCUGCUCAUUUGCUCCUUCCGUUCUGAACCACAAAUCUGCGGCGUUCAGUGAGUGCGACCGCAGGCAUGUAAUGUGUCCAUUUGCCAAGAGCCUCCGCGUGCGUAAAGCGCUUCCAUUCACCACAACUGUUCCGCUGUCCUCCCGUGCGCUCCGCUUUGGCUUCUUCCCGGAGAAGAAAGAAGAGUGACUUGAUUUUCCCCCACGCUGUUUUGGUUGUAAAUGUUGAAGCUUGAAUGGCUGGAGCUCAACCUGGCGUUCAUGCGCUCCAACUCAAGCCGGUGCGCGUGUCCGAGAGUCUGAAGCGAGGCAGUAGGUUUAUGAAAUGGGAUGAGGAUUCUUCUACUGUGACCCCAGUGACGUUACGCGUCGAUCCGCAGGGAUACUUCCUGUACUGGACAGAUCAGAAUAAGGAAACAGACCUAUUGGACAUCAACUACAUCAAAGAUGCAAGAACAGGGAAAUGCACCAAAACGCCAAAGGAAGCAAAGCUCCGGGAGCUCCUGGAUGUUGGGAAUCUGGUGGGACGGAUAGAGAACCGGAUGCUAACGGUGGUGACGGGACCCGACAUGGUCAAUAUCCAGUACCUGAACUUCAUGGCCUUCCAAGAAGACGUCGCCAAGGAGUGGGCAGAUGAGCUGUUCAGUCUGGCGUCGAACCUGCUGGCUCAGAACAUGGGCAGAGAGUCCUGUCUGGAGAAAGCCUUCACGAGACUCAAGCUGCAGCCCAAUCAGGAGGGUCGUGUCCCCGUGAAGAACAUUUUCCGCAUCUUCUCCGCUGACCGGAAGCGUGUGGAGACGGCACUGGAGAGCUGUAAUCUUCCGUCCGGCCGGAAUGACUCCAUCCCGUUGGAGGAUUUGACCCCUGACAUCUACAAAGUGUUCAUCAAUCAUCUCUGCCCGCGAUCUGAGAUCAACCAGAUAUUUGCUGAUCUUGGUGCGAAGAGCAGAAACUUUCUCACCAUGGACGAGCUGACUGAAUUCAUUAACAACAAGCAGCGAGACCCUCGUCUGAACGAGAUCCUGUACCCGCCGCUGAAGCCGGAGCAAACACAGAUGCUCAUGGAGAAGUUCGAGCCCAACCCAGGAAUGAUUCAAAAAGGGCAGAUCUCAUUGGAGGGCUUCUCCAGAUAUCUGAUCAGUCAAGAGAACAGCGUCAUUCCUGCCGAAAAACUGGACCAGAGUGAAGACAUGACCUUCCCUCUCUCUCAGUACUUCAUCAACUCCUCCCACAACACCUACCUCACAGCGGGUCAGCUCGCAGGGAACUCCUCAGUGGAGAUGUAUCGUCAGACUCUCCUGUCUGGUUGUCGGUGUGUGGAGCUCGACUGCUGGAAGGGCCGAACAGCGGAGGAGGAGCCCGUCAUCACUCACGGAUUCACCAUGACCUCUGAAAUCUGCUUCAAGGUGACCGCAGCCCAACACACACACACACAACACACGAGAGCCUGGGGUCAGUCUCGAGUUUUCACACUGCUUUUCAUCAGGGCCUGCAGUUAA